AACAUGUGUCUUCACCUCACAAACACUUCACUCCAAAAUAAAAAAACGCACGCUGCACAAUUCCCCUUCAACACAAUCAACCAACCAUGAAAUUAAAAUCAAAAUGAAAUGAAAAUCAAAUUCAUAAUUAAAUUUUACGCACUUUUUUUGAUUCACACUCAACUCAACAUUAUGUGAAAUCAAGCUUCUUAUAUAGACUCACAAAACUUCGAUCUCUUCUUAGCUUGUGAGAUUUCACCGAGAAAAAAUAGUUCUGAAAAAUUGAAUAGAUUUUGUUAAAUUAGGGUUUGUGAGAACAUGAAGUUGAACGGAGAAAUCUCGGAGGGAGAAGAAGAUGAAGAGAAAAUGGUGGUUGGUUACGCCUUAACGUCGAAGAAGAAGAAAAGCUUUCUAAAGCCUAAUUUUAUUGGCCUUGCAAGGAAUAAGGGGAUUUCCUUUGUUGCGAUUGAUCUAAAGAAGCCACUGUUAGAACAAGGUCCAUUUGAUGUUGUCUUGCAUAAGUUGCCAGGAAAAGAGUGGCGUGAGAUUAUUGAGGACUACAGGCAUAAACAUCCCGAAGUAACCAUCCUUGACCCUCCAGAUGCAAUUCAACAUUUGCUCAAUCGACAGUCCAUGCUACAAAAUGUGGCAGAGCUAAAUUUAUCGGACUGCCAUGGUAAGGUUGGGGUUCCGCAACAGUUAGUUAUCACUAAAAACCCAUCUACUAUUCCCUAUGAAGUCAUCAAGGCUGGAAUGAAGUUACCAUUAGUUGCUAAACCGUUGGUUGUGGAUGGGAGUGCAAAGUCACACGAAUUGUGUCUUGCUUAUGAUGAAUUGUCUCUUUCAAAGCUUGAACCUCCGCUUGUUCUUCAAGAGUUUGUUAAUCAUGGUGGCCUUCUUUUUAAGAUUUAUAUUGUCGGGGAAACUAUAAAGGUUGUGAGGCGUUUCUCUCUACCCAAUGUUAGUAAAAAUGAGCUAUUGGAUGUUGAUGGUUUAUUCCGAUUUCCAAGAGUUUCAUGUGCAGCAGCUUCUGCAGAUGAUGCUGAUUUGGAUCCAAAUAUUGCAGAACAUCCACCAAGACCUUUAUUGGAGAGGCUUGCAAAGGAUCUACGUCGUAGACUGGGACUCCGCUUGUUCAACAUUGAUAUGAUACGGGAACACGGGACAAAGGACGUGUUUUAUGUCAUUGAUAUCAAUUACUUUCCUGGGUAUGGAAAAAUGCCAGAGUAUGAGAACAUAUUUAUAGAUUUCCUACUUAGUCUCGGGCACAAUAAGUGUAAGAAGAAGGAUGGUACUUAAACUGAGGGAUGUGUAUAGAUGCUAUCCUUGGCUAGGCAGUGGUUUCUUGAUAACCAGUAACAUUCUAAUUUCAACUUGUUUAUUUUGUUUGUAAUGUGAAUGAAGCCUCAUUAAAAUGUGUUAAAUGAGUUCUCAAA